AUGCAUGGCUUCACCAAUGAAGAAUCCAGCAAUGCGUCUCAUAUGGAAAUCCAUGAGACUAUAAAUGUGCAACAUGAAAUCCAUUUUGUUCCCUCACAACAACAUGAAAUAGCUCAAUUUUCAUCAAACAACAACCCACUUUCUAUUUCUUUCCCAACUCAGCACCUCCAAGAAAAUACACUUCCUAUUUCUUUACCAACUCAGCCCCCCCAAGAAUCACAGCCAGUGAGCUUUCUACAUGUGAUGCAAGACAUGUCGAGGCGAAGAAAUACUUCUCUUGGUGUGAACCUGACAAAUUCACCAUCGAAAAUACAAGUUCAUCGUUUGGCUAGGAGGAACACAACAUUAGUGUCACUACUCAUGCCAAUGCGACGAGUCGUCCCCCUUCUCAACAACAGGACCAACUCAACAUUUGGACCACAAGUCUCAACACAACACAUGAUGGAAACAAUCAACAACCAUGCAGUUAUCUCCCAAACAAGGCCUAUUCAAGUGAGAAAUAGAGUUAACAACAAUUUGACCAUUCCAUUGAUGCGUCAAUUGAAUGGGCCUAUGAGAGAGGUGAUUGACUUGGAGGAGCAAAACAAUCAAGGUAACAAUGCUCUUAUCUCUCAAACAAUGCCUAUUCAAGUGGGAAACAGUGUUGACAAUAAUUCAUUGAUGAGUCAAUUGCAUGAGGUUAUGAUAGAGGUUGUUAACUUGGGGACGCAAAACACCCAAAACAACAAUGCUCUUAUCUCCCAAACAAGGCCUAUUCAAAUGGGAAAUAGAGUUUACAACAAUUCAUUGAUGGGUCAUUUGAAUGGGCUUGUGAGAGAGGUUGUUAACUUGGAUACGCAAAACAGUCAAAACAACAAUGCCCUUAUCUCUCAAAAGAGGCAUAUUCAAAUGGGAAACAAAAUUAACAACAAUUCAUCGGGACAAUUGAAUGGGCCUAUGCGAGAGGUUAUUAACUUGGACAGGCAAAAAAGUCAAAACAACAAUGUUCUUAUCUCUCAAACAAGGCCUAUUCAAUUGGGAAACAAUGUUAACAACAAUUCGACAAUCUCAUUGAUAAGUCAAUUGAAUGGGCCUGUGAGAGAGGUGGUUAACUUAGAGAGGCAAAAUAAUCAAGACAACAAUGCUUUUUUCUCCCAAACAAGGCCUAUUCAUAGUAGAAACAGAGUUAACAACCAUUUGCCAAUCCCACUGAGCGGUCAAUUAAAUGGGCCUAUGAGAGAGGUGGGUAACUUGGAGAGGGGAAACAAUCAUCAAGGCAACAAUCAACACAACAAUGCACUUAUCUUCCAAACAAGGCUUAUUCAAGUGGGAAGCAGAGUGAACAAUGCAACAAUCCAAUUGAUGGGUCAAGUGAUUGAGCCUAUGAGAGGGGUGGUUAACUUGGAGAGGGAAAACAAUCAACACAACAAUGGUGAGAAUGAGUUAGAUUUAACUCUAAGGUUAUAA